AUGUUGAAGUGGACCGUCUUCGCCCUGUUGCUGUUCUUGUCCGGCGACGUCCUCUCGUCCAGUCCGGCUCACAAAACCAAAUGCAUAGUCCAUCACGGCGUGGCGGACUGCAGCCACAUGAGCCUCAACACUGUCCCUCAGGACCUGCCCGUAAACAUCACCAGCCUGGACAUGUCCCAUAAUCGACUGUCCACGCUAAAUCUCUCAUCCCUGAUUCGCUACCAACACCUGGCACAACUGGAUGUCAGCUAUAACAGCUUGAAGGCAGUGCCGGGGGGUCUGUGCCAGGCUGUGCCCACGCUCUGGCACCUCACUAUGAGGCGGAAUGAGGUUCACCUGCUGCAGGAGGCUGAUCUGAGAAACUGCACAGGUCUUACACACCUGGACCUGUCCGACAACAGACUGAGCCUGAAAGGAGAGCCCUUCUCGGGGGUCUCGAAUCUGAAAUGGCUGGACGUGUCCCGAAACAAGCUGACGACUGUCCAACUAGGGAUGCGACCCCAGCUCCAAAGCCUGGAGACCCUCAUUCUUAACAGUAAUGACAUCAAGGACCUGAAGAAGGACGACUUCUCAUUUCUCAGUAACUCCACACAGUUUCGGACGCUGGGACUGUCAUCUGUGCCACUGAAGAAGGUGGAGAGUGGCUGCUUCAAGCCUAUCGCUGGAUUCCAGGAUCUGGUGUUGGAUGGCUGUAAGCUCAUCAAUUUUCUCUCCAGACUGUCUGAAGAGUUGUCGUACACCGCUCUAAGAAACCUCUCGCUUCAAAACACUCAGCAGGGUACUCUCACCAACAGCUCCUUCAAAGGCCUGGCCAAGACCAAACUUACAAUUUUGGACCUGUCGAACAACAACAUGAUUGAAAUCGCUGACGGUGCAUUUCAGUGGCUUCCUGUCCUAGAAAUUCUGAUUUUAGAGCACAAUAAUUUAAAACAUUUGACCAACGGUACUUUCAUAGGCCUUAAUAGUCUGAAGACGCUGAGCUUACGAACAGCACUUACUAAAAGUCAUACGUCUGCCUACCCCACGAUCAAGGACUUCACUUUCCAAAAGCUAGCCAAGCUUGAAUAUCUGUGGAUGGACCACAAUUCGUUCCGAGAGAUCAGUGAAAAUACCUUUAAUGGACUCCGAAGUCUGAGAAUAUUAGAUCUAAGUUGGAGCUCCACAGGGAUAAAGACGGUCAACAGCACCACCUUUGCGUCUUUAAAAGGAUCCCCUUAUUUACAAACUCUUAAUCUGACCGGCAUGGCCAUUACAAGGCUCGGACCGGGAGCAUUCUCACAUCUGGAGAACCUCACCAGGCUUGUGCUUAGCUACAACUUCAUCUCCCAGCAGCUGACUGGAAAUGAGUUCCUGGGUCUAAACAGUUUGGAGGAAAUUCACCUGUCGGCCAACCAGCAGAAAAUCGCCCUGACGUCCGAGUCGUUCGUUAACGUACCCAGGUUAAGGACUCUGAUGCUGGGUCGAGCCUUAAACGGCAGUCUAGACAUGGAACCGUCUCCAUUUAGGAUGCUUCUGAACUUGACCUACCUGGAUCUUAGCAAUAAUAACAUUGCAAACAUUAAAAGUGGCUUCCUGGAUGGACUACACCGCCUCAGCAUCCUCAAACUGCAGCACAACAACCUAGCCAGAUUCUGGAAAAGUGCUAACCCUGGGGGUCCAGUGCUGUUCCUCAGAGAUGCUCUGAACCUCACUGUUCUUGAGCUGGACUACAACGGGCUCGACGAGAUUCCGGUUAUGGCUUUUCAAGGCCUUUCGAAGCUACAGAAACUCAGCCUUAGUGGAAAUCUACUGAACUAUUUGCACCACUUCAUUUUUAAUGACUUGCGUUCUUUACGGUUUUUGAGCCUACAAAAGAACCUCCUGACAACGGUGAAGCCAGAGACGUUCCAAGUGCCUCUGCUCAACCUGACCGAGCUUCGGAUGGACCACAACCCCUUUGACUGUACCUGCGAGAGCAUCUUGUGGUUCUCCACCUGGCUUAAUGCCACCAAUGCCAGCGUGCCUGGCCAUUCAGAAAGCUACACCUGCAACACACCUUCUGCAUACUUUAACCGAUCUGUCAUGAGCUUCGACCCACAAUCCUGUAAGAACCUGACUCCCUUCCAGGCUCUUUACAUAUUCAAUAGCACUUUAGUACUCGGCCUAAUGUUCGUCGCUUUCCUGGUGCAUUUCCAAGGCUGGAGGAUUCAGUUAUACUGGAAUAUCAUGAUCAACCGAAUUCUAGCUCUGAACGACUCCAGCUACAGAGACCUGGCGCAGGACAGAUACGAAUACGCCGCUUAUGUCGUCCAUGCUCAGGAGGACCAACAGUGGGUGAGACGAAGCUUGCUGUCUCUAGAGGACGAUGAAACACACUUCUUCUUGGAGGAUCGAGACGCGCUGCCAGGCUGUUCUGCGCUCAAUACCAUCGUUGACAACAUGAGAAGGUCCAGGAAGAUCAUUUUUGUGGUCACAGAGGCGCUGUUGAAUGAUAACUGGUGCAGACAGUUUAAAGCCCACCACGCCCUCCAUCAGCUCAUGGAGGAGAGUCGAGACUCGCUGAUUCUGGUGUUUCUGCAAGACGUGGCCGAAUACCGCCUGAGCCAGUCGCUCCUGCUACGUAGAGGGAUGCUAAAACAACGCUGCCUGGUCGAGUGGCCCCUCCAGAAAGAACGAAUCCCUGCAUUCCGACAGAACCUACGGCUAGCGCUGUCCUCAAGCAAUAGACUCAGUUAAAGCAUACUGGUGGACUAGCUACAUAGUUUUUAAUCUAAAGAGCUUAACAAUGCAAUUUAACCAGUUGUGUGAUGGUGCUGAGGAUUGACGUUAUUGCAAGCCUUUAGAAAAUGGUCAGCAAAUGCAGUUUAUUUUGUGGUGACAGAUUCCUCUUUUUAAAAGGAAUUAAAAAAGAAUUUGUUAGAAAGGAAGCAAAUUUCCUCAUUUCUAACUAGCCGACGACUGGAAGCUGUUACUCAUCUGUGACGCUGAAUGUCUGAGAAUGCACUUGUGAAAUGAGUAUCUGCUAAUUUAUUCAUUUCAGUAUUUCCUAACAUAUGCACUUAAAUCAGACUCUAUAGGGACACCUAUAGGCGUUCACUGUCUCCUUAGCUAAUGUUAGCUAGUAAAAGUAAUGAUGUCAGGUUAGCUAUGUUUGAUAUCUAGUUAUCAUCCUCGGGAGCAGCCGAGGAAACAGAGAUUGACUUUUAUGAUCUUUAGUUCAUCUGUUGUUCUGUACAUGUUGUCACUCCUUUGUACCACGUUUAUCAGUCGAAAAGAGCCCCCUAUGACCAUCACUGACCAGAUAACAUGGUUCUGGUAUGAGUGUAUAAGUACGGAGAAUAGUGAUCCAAGCACAAAUAUAAAGUCAGCAGUUUUAUGUGAUUAAAAGGUGUCCACUGAUAAAAGACUACAGUAGGAUUAACACACACUGUGCAUGAAAAAACAAAUUAGCUCUGGUUUCUAACUGUCCACCUACAACCAGCACUAAUAGGGUAUGUGAUCCUAGCCCAGUAAAUUUAAAGAGUAUUUACAAGCUCCAACAACACUGCUGCACAUGAUACACUCAUACCAGAACAACACACACUACCAGGUCACUGCCAUGUUAGUGACAGUGCAAUGCUGAGAGUGAUCCACCUUCCAAACACUGCCUGGUCAGUGAUCCGGAUCCUUUUCUACUGAUAAAUAGGGUUCAGGAGUCCGAUGACUCAAGUUUUGUGAUAUUAUGUCUCCAUCUAGUGGCCAUUUAUAUAGAACAUCUAAAAUACAGUAUCUGUAUAAAUAGAUUAGAGUGGCUCGGUGGGUAGCACUGUCGCCUCACAGCAAGAAGGCCCUGGGUUUGAUUCACUGGUGGAGCGGUCCGGGUCCUUUCUGUGUGGAGUUUGCAUGUUCUCCCUGUGUCUUUGUGGGUUUCCUCUGGGAGCUCUGGUUUCCCACAGUACAAAGACAUGCAAGUGGUGAAUUGGAGACACUAAAUUGUCCAUGACUGAUAUUAAAACUUGAACUUGAAUUUUGUGUGACCAGUAAUUAUUGGUUCUCUCAUGAAUGUAACCAACGUGUGUAAAACAUGACGUUAAAAUCCUAAUAAAUAAAUAGUAAACCUUAAAAUAUACCUGUAUAAUGUCCAAGGGAAAACAUUAGAAUCUGAUGAUUGGUUUAACAUCUGUAUUGUAUUCAGGGGGGUGGUGAGGACUUUGUACAGGCCACUGGAGUUCUUUUACACCUAAGUUGUCAUGUUGGAACAGGACAGAGCCUUCCCUAAACUCUUGCUGCAAAGUUUGAAACAAUUGAUUAUAUGUUUGGCUGAAACUUUGAAUGUUUACACACUUUUUGUCAUAUUGUGUACGUUGGAAGUUAGAAUUAUACAAAAUUCUAAUUAUAAUCCACCCAUGACUGUAAUUAGUAAUCAGAUGUUGUAACUAAUGCAUUUGCAAAUUCACCCCCUGUUCUUAGGUAAACAUAUGGGGUUAGCUGAGUUUUAUUUCAGGGCAAAGUUACACUUUUUACCUGUUAUUAAACUCCACCUUCACUUUCCUCUGAGGUUACCAGCCUGGUUAAUAUUUACACAAGAUAACCUUUGCUUUUGAACUCGAGUUCUUUUGGAGCUUUUGAGUCGAUUCAUCACGGUCAGACUGAUUCACGGUUUUCAAGUUUUUUAUGAUUGAUUUUGUAAAUUGUUAAGCAUUUUAUUUUUAUUUUUAUCAGGUCAUGUAUAUUUUAGGUGAUAUAGUCAUGUGCAUUACUCUAAAUAAAUUGUU